AUGGCACCCCUCCUCAGCACUCUCAUACUCCUCCUAUCCUCCUCCCUCGCCCUCUCCUCCAUAACCCCCAUCUCCCGACCCUCACACUACAAACCCAGCCCAAAAACCGACGAUGACUACGACACGCCCCUCCCCCUCAUAAUCUGGCACGGCCUGGGCGACAACUACCAAAACGAAGGACUAACCUCCAUCGGCGACCUGGCCACAGAAAUCCACCCCGGGACCCUAACCUACAUAAUCCGUAUCGACGACGACGCCUCCGCCGACCGCACCGCAACCUUCUUCGGCAACCUAACCCUCCAACUUGACAAAGUCUGCGCAGACCUCGCCGCCCACCCCAUCCUAUCCACUGCCCCGGCCGUCGACGCCCUCGGCUUCUCCCAGGGCGGCCAGUUCCUCAGAGGCUACAUCGAACGCUGCAACUUCCCCCCGGUGAGGAGUCUCGUCACCUUCGGCAGCCAGCACAACGGAAUUUCUGAAUUCCAAUCCUGCGCCGCCACGGACUGGCUCUGCAAAGGCGCGCGCUCGCUACUCCGCUCAAACACAUGGUCCGCGUUCGUGCAGUCGCGGCUCGUGCCCGCGCAGUACUUCAGGGACCCGGAACAGCUGGACUCGUAUCUGGAGUCCUCGAACUUCCUGGCUGAUAUCAAUAAUGAGCGCGAGUUGAAGAAUCAGACGUACAAGGAGAAUCUGGAGAGGCUGGAGAGGUUUGUCAUGUAUUUGUUUGAGGAGGAUGAGACGGUUGUGCCGAAGGAGACGGGCUGGUUUGCGGAGGUUAAUGGGACGGAUGUUACGUUGUUGAGAGAGAGGAGUAUUUAUAGGGAGGAUUGGAUUGGGUUGAAGACGCUGGAUGCGAAGGGAGCGUUGGAGUUUAAGACGACUGAGGGGCAGCAUAUGAAAUUGACGGACAAGUUGUUGAAGGCGGUUAUCAAGGAGAAUUAUGGACCAUUGGGGAGGAAGUUGGAGAAAGAGAUGACGGAAAGGGAGGAGUUGUGA